CACACGUCAGGGCUGGGGCGGCAGCGUGGGGCACAAACUGGGACUCAUAACCAUUCAAGACCCUCCACUCAACCACUCUUCGUGGGGAUCCCCGCCUGGAACCUGCGAGUUUGCCUUCGGCGCAAAAACUCGACAACUACCACACGAGACACCACUUCCUCCCUCGACGAGGUCCGCGAACAGUGUCACCAUCACCAUACCGUUCCUCGUCACUCCAAAACCGUAAUCUCGCCCACCAUGCCUCCCAAAAAAGCCGACAAGGGCGGCGGCAAGAAGCCGGAUGCCAAGAAGCUGGUCGAGGACAAGACCUUUGGCAUGAAGAACAAGAAGGGCGCUGCGGCCAAGAAAACGAUUGCCCAACUCGAAGCCAGCAGCGGUGCUGCCCAGAAGCGCAAGGAGGCCGAGAAGGCCGCCCGUGAGCGCGAGAAGAAGGCAGCCGAGGACGCCAAGCGGGAGACGGAUGCGCUCCUCAACAAGCCCGCCCAGAUUCAGAAGGUACCCUUCGGCGUGGACCCCAAGACCGUCGUCUGCAUUUUCUACAAGAAGGGCAAUUGCGAAAAGGGCAAGAAGUGCAAGUUCGCCCACAACCUCGACGUCGAGCGCAAGGUCGAAAAGAUCAACCUCUAUCAAGAUGCUAGGGCUGAGGAGGAGGAGACGAAGAAGCAGGAGACAUCGGCCGACUGGGACGAGGAGAAGCUCCGAUCCGUUGUCCUGUCCAAGAAGGGCAACCAGCGCACAUCCACGGACAAGGUGUGCAAGUUCUUCAUCCAGGCCAUCGAAGACGGCAAAUACGGAUGGUUCUGGAUCUGCCCCAAUGGCGGCGACAAAUGCAUGUACAAGCAUGCUCUUCCACCUGGAUUCGUACUCAAGACGAAGGAGCAGAGGGCGGCAGAGAAGGCCCUGAUGGACAAGUCGCCACUCAAGACGCUGACCAUCGAGGAGUUCCUCGAGUCGGAGAGACACAAGCUUACCGGCACCCUCACACCGGUGAAUCCGGAGUCGUUCGCCAAGUGGAAGAAGGAGCGUCUGGACAAGAAGGCGGCCGAGGAAGCACUGCGGAAGGCCAAAGAGGCGACCGGUCGUGCCAUGUUCGAGAGCGGCAACUGGCGCGGGGAGGACGACGAAUCAGAAGACGAAGACGACAGCGCGUGGAACCUCGAGAGGCUGCGGAAGGAAACCGAGGCGAUCAGGGAGCGGAAGGAGGCGGAACGAGUUGCUGCCAUGCACGGGCUUCCACCCCCGAGUAGUGAGCCGAAUGGCGUGCCAGAUGAGGCGGCAGAGCCGGAAGAAGUACCCAACACUUGAAAUGACGUUGUACACAACGACCAAACCACGACGCCGCGCGGCCGGACGAGGGAAGCGAGCCCACAGAGCGCUCCCCCUCCACCGGCAUCCGGCGUUGGCCGCGCUGCUCCGGACGUCUUGUUCUGUGGAGCAUCUCGGAUUGACCCACAGGGAGGCGUACCCGGGCUCAGCAAGGCUACACAACAAGUUGAUCAGUUCCCAGGUCACAGGCGCAGGCUGGAUGAAUCGAUUAUAUAGGAGUGACGACCA